GUGCUGCACCCGGCAAGUUAGCAGGAAGUUCCAGAAGAGACUAAUCUGGGACCAGAAUUUAAGGUUUUUGUUUUUGUUUUGUUUUUUUUGGUGGCGGAGAAUCGACCAAAAUGACACAGAGUCAUUUGUCAGGCGUCGAGACAUCUGCUGUGUCCGUCCUCAAGCGGGCGGUGGAACUGGACCAGAGCUGCCGCUUCCAGGCGUCUCUGGUCUGCUACCAGGAGGGAAUCCAGCUGCUGAUGGACGUCCUGAAAGGGGUCAAAGAUGACUCCAAGAAAGAGCACUACAGAUCGAAGAUCAAAGGCUACAUGGACAGAGCGGAGCAGAUCAAAGCUCAUGUCAACCGGAUGAAAGAAGAGGGCAAGUACCACGAGCAGAUCAGAAUAUCCGACGAUGCUACAGGCUACAGCUACGAGAAUCUGUUCCGGCCGUACAUCAGCGACGAGCUGACAGAGGUUUGGGUGGAAGACGCGUAUAUACGGCACAUCCACCAGUUGUACAACUUCCUGCGUUUCUGUGAGAUGCUGCUAAAAGCUUCCUGUGGACUGAAAAGGAUCCACCUCCUGACGUCACAGGAUGAAGCAGACAGCGGGCGACAGAGUAGUGCUCUGACCGAGCUCAAGGACAGUCUCAGUGAACGGGGCGUGGAUCUGGAGCUGCAGUUCUCUUCCAGCCUUCAUGACAGAGAGAUCAGGUUUGAUAAUGGUUGGAUCAUCAAGAUAGGAAGAGGACUUGAUUACUUUAAGAAACCAAAGGGCCAGUUCUCCAUUGGAUAUUGUGACUAUCACUUCAGGCAUUGCCACGAGACAACUGUAGAUAUUUUUCACUCCAAACACACAAAAAUAUUAUGAAAUACACAUUUUUUUCCCUCAUUUUAAAACAAAUAUCUGUCAUUUUCUUGGAUGUGCCUUCAGAUGCAACAGCACUGUUAGAAAUAUAAUAACUGUGAAUAGUUUUUGCUGUACAGCUGAAUUUUUUACACACACACACACACACAGGUCCAUAAUUAUUUGGACAGUUGCGCACCUUUCUAUCAAAAAUUAACUUGUACCUGUCAUGGUGCUGUGCAGCAGAGAAGGAUUUAAAUACAAGAACACAUCUAGGCUCUAAUGUUUCAUGUUUCUUCAGGCAAACCUUAGCUGAAAUUUUUCAUGUCUUUCUUGAAAGAAAGUCCUUCUCUGGUCCACUCCACCAGGAAGCGAUGCAGCUGACAGAAGUUGUGCUGUGCGCGGUUUCUCCAGUCACAGAAGCCUGCAACUACUUGCGAGUUGUUUUGGUGACUUCCCUCACUACUCUCCUUCUUGCACGAUCACUCAGCUUUUAAAAACUGCAUGCUCCAGAUAGAUUUACCAUUCAGUAUGAUUGUGUUUGUAUGACUUAAUGACUGAGUCAUAGAAAUAUUCAGAGACUUGGAAAUGUUCAUGUGUCCAUCUCCCGAUGUGUAGCGAGAAAUCUGGCUGUAAAAUUGAUGAUGUGUAUUAAAACAAUCCUUAUAUUUAGUUUCUCCAGUUACUUAUGGCCUCUGAAAAUGGAGGGAUGGUGUA